AUGAAAGAUGGCGAUGAAUUUAACCCCUGUCGAAAGGGUUAUAAACGUUCGCGCCUCGAAUGGGUUAAAGAUUGGGAAAAACGUUCGAAUUUAAACAAAGAGGGGAAGAAAAAAAUGGAGGAAACGGUGACGAAGAAUCGUCUUGAAGUCGGAAUCUGGAAGCCGAGUACUUCAAACGAAAGGAAGUCUAGAUUGGACAAACCGGAUGUGACGACGUAG